GUUUGUACAUACAUAUGUACUUUUUUAAUUACACAUAUAUACGCAUGUGGUUCGAUUUAUCACUACAGUUACUAGAGAGUUAGGAGGUGUGCAACAACAUGACAAUGACAAAUGCGAGGCGUGUAAGUGUCAAGGUAUGGGCGCCCAUCGCCAUACUGUUCAUAAUCAUAGCUACCAGCAAAAUAACAACUGCCGUGAACGCUAGGUGGUACACAUCUUGCGUAGACAAUAUAGAAAUCAUCACAGAUCACAGUGCGGAGAACACGUCUAAACCUCCUGAGGAUAAUGUAGGAACAAGUACCGCUGCUACAGCACCUGUUAUAAGUGUUUCGGUCUCUGAAUCUACGAAACAACAAACUGCCCAGAGUGACGGGUUGGAGAUGUCCAAACCAAACGGGUGCGUGUUUGACAAGUGCGAGCACGACGCAUUUAUAUACAUGCUUGUACCAUUCCGGAAUAGGGGACAGAAUCUGAAGCGAUUAGCAUUUACCUUAACUACUGAUGCAGUACAGGCCAGAUGGUCUUCAUUAGACUGCAUAUGUCUCGCGGUCGGUAACUAUGACGACGAGGUCACAGGUAUGAGUGCAUCGGAGGCGUUGCUUGAGUGGAAAGGCUCGCAGAACAUUGUAUCUUUAUCUGGUAAUUUCUCACGUGCGGGAUCGUUACAAAGCCUUCUCACAGACGAGAACAAGCUAAUCACCACAGCAGAAGAUGAGAGUUUGCUGUUCAUAGUGGAUACGGACAUGGCCAUGUUUCCAGGCUUCCUAGACGAUUUGGUCACGAGCACUAAACCCAGGUUAGGAUAUGUGCCCAUUUGUUACAGUGUGAAUGACAGUAAGAACUGGAGAGAGGGUGUGUGGCGUGAUGGUGGUGCUGGUAUGUUCGCUGCGUAUGCGAGUGAUCUAAGGCGAGUGCUGAACAACAAGUUCCCGGGCGCCAACAAGCUGACUCACGGGGAGGAAGACUGGAUGAUCCAGCACGAACUGAGGCACAAUAGUGUGGAUUACCUCAACACUACCAGGCACUGCAGUCCUGGGUUGUGGCACCUACCACACCCGCAUGUAUCUGACUGGACUGCGACUGUGGAUGGUAUGUCGGCGGGUCCUACAGUCGAAGGCAAUGGCCCGUACUCAGAUGAAGCCGUGGCUAAGUUAGUGGCUCAGAUAUACGUGGAGAAGGUCUUUUUCAACCUGCCCUUGAGUGCGCCAUGCAGGAGACUGGCCAGUCAGGGGACCAACUGGUUGGGAAAGUAUGUACAGCCUAGGAAAAACCAUAACCGGAGAAGUAGGAGGUAGCAAACCACAGGUAGCUUUUCAUACGACAGUAUAUAUAAAUUGGUCUAUAUCAGAUCCUCUAUUUAAAUUACGAUUGUGCAGCGGGUGCUAUAAGUGACAUGUCAAUAGGGGAGAUUCACCCUUAAAACACAAUUUGACCUCCGCUUCGCACUGGUUCUAGAUCAGCUGAUGAUGGUUUCGCUGUUUCAAAAGUAAACAGAUUUCUCAACCAACUAUCAAGCACUUACUGCUCAGUAGCUUUUCCUUCGCGCACAGUUGCCACUGACUUGAGGACAGUUGUUUUGAUGGAAAAUACAAAUGUGAGAACUAAAUUAUACAUCCAUAUUGACAAGCACAUAAUUAUAUAAAACACACAAACACAC